AUGGUCAUUUCCAGCACUUCCCCAGCACCUAACAAUGGUUUGGAUGCAUUUUUGGAUGCAUCACAUGAUGCAGAGCUCCCUGUCACACUGGGUCACAUCACCAUUGCUUCCUCAGCACCUGAUGCUGGCUCUGGUGCAUUUUUAGCCACAUCAUGCAACACUCUGGGCCAUGUCACCAGGCAGGAGCCAAGACCUACUGUUGAUUGGAAUGCCAGGCUUCUGCAGGGUUUUGAUGCAAGUUUUGCUGCCCACCUGCAGCGAUGUUAUCGCCAGCCUGUCAACAUGCUGGCCCCGCCUCCCACCUCCACAACUCCUUCAAGACACAACCACAACAUGUUGGUGAUCCUUCCCUUCUCUAGAGAGCAAGGCUGGUGGGUACAGUGGGAAGAGCAACUUGAGUAUGACUGCAAGAUUGGUGUGAGGGAUGUGGAUAUGUUCUGCUCUCAGUUGGAUGAGGCACUCAAACGUCAAAAGUGUUGGGAGGUGGUGGAUGCUCGGCAAAAGCACAUCUUUGAGCAGAGGAAGGGAAAAAGUCAGGAGGAGUGUCAGCAUUUGUUUGAGCUAUACAAGGAGGGCCCUCCACCUGACUGGGAGCCUUCUGAAUAG